CUGUCUGUCUGUCUGUAUCUCUGUCUCUCUCUCUAGCCCAGGGGGAGCCCAUCCCUCCAGGCCACUGGUUCUUUUUAGGGGAGCCAGUGUAUUUUGUGGCCCAGACAGGAGUGCUGCUUGCUGGGGAGAGGCUUUAUGUCGAUGCAUGCUAUGCCACAAGCUCCAAAGACCCGAGCAGCAUGUCCAAAGUGGACAUCAUUACUAACUAUGGUUGCAUGGUCGACAGCAGGAGGGAGGGCAGCAGCCCCCGGUUCCUGUCAGGAGGGGGUAACGUGCUGAAGUUCUCUGUGGAUGCCUUUCUAUUUAAAGGAAUCUCACAAGAGCUGUACCUCCACUGUUCAAUGUCAGUCGGGUUCAGUGCAUCCCUCAGCUCAAAAUCCUGCAGCUACAACGAGGCUGCUGGCAGGUGGGAGGAGCUGGAGGACACAGCCUCGGUAUGCGCCUGCUGUGAUUCCAUGUGCACGGACGUGCAGGACUCUAUCAGGAACACAGUGAGCAGUCCAGGCUGGCUCACUGGACAAAGAGAAACCAAGGAUGUAGGUGAUGUCUAUUCAAGCAGAGGAGGAGAGACAAAGUCUGGAUCAUGAAGAGAAGAGGGGUGAAAGAAUGUAUGAACACCAUGGAGUCCACACUUUUCCACAGGAGGCACAGAUUGGCCAUGAAGAGGAGAAUGAAGAAGCCCUUCCUGAGAAGAAUGCUGUGAAGACUGAAUGGAGGCACAGUGCUGCAGCCAGCCAGCCGGGAAAGAGAGGACAGGACGAAGGUGAGACAGAAGAUGUACCUAUGGAAGAGGCAGACAGCAGGCUGGAAGAGUUAGCAACAGAUGGCAUGGUCAUGUCUGGCCAGACUGGACCAGAGGAGACCAGGGAGGAGCUCCUCUCUGGGAGCCAUGUGUCCAGUGACAACAGUAGCACUUAUGCUUCAGGAGAUCCUUAUAGUCCCCCCACUAUCACUGCAAAAGAGUUUCCAAGCUUUGAUAUAGGUAAUGAUAAGACAAGUAAUCCUGGUUCUACUGAACAUGUUUCCACAACGGUGAUUCCCAUCAUUACACUGUGCCCUGACAGUGAUCCAAAGAGUUGCGGUGUCCCUAUUACUAGUACAGGACACGGUGUCACGUCUGCUCCGAUCAGAGCAGAAAGCUUUCCCCCAAAUAAUGUUGGAGCGCCACCUGGUGCCAGUACACUUGGUUCUCCUCUGGAACCCAAAGUGAACAUGAGUCCGUUUGGCAAUAGGCCUGAGAUAUUAGCAGGGACACAUUCGGUUACCAAGGACUUUGAAAUGGACCCCCCAGGUUUUUCGGAUGUCAGCAAGUCAGCAAAGAGUAGGCUGGAGUCUGAUGAGUCGGACCCUCUGCUGUGGUCAGAACAGGUCAGGUCUGUCAAGAAGUCAGUGGACAGCAAGCCUGACGGGAUGCAAGGGCACCCAAACGGUAAAGGAGCUCUUUGAGAUGGUGCUAUGCUUCACAGUCUACUGCUCAGAGGGUUAGAAUCGGACCAGUCUGGGUUCAGGGACCCGAUCUUUGGAGACAGGUUACUUGGUGAGUCUGAUUUUGUUUCUGGAAUUGAAAAAGCUCGUCAUUUGGGUCAAUUUACUGGAGCAAUGAAGACAAAAAGGCAGGAAGAAGUACAAGAAUUUUUGAAAAACAUUACUCAACCACCCAGGGUCAGUUUUGAUUUGGUUAGUUCAGAGGAAAUGCUUCAAGACAGCCCCAGUUCCUCAGCUUCGGUGACCGUUAUCACGAGCUGGCAUGGCUCGGAGAGGGACUGGGACUGGGCCUGGUUGGUGCCAGGG